ACUGGCUGUGGGUAAUGAUACAAGGUUUGGGGGAUCUCUCUUACUGGCCCAGGGAUCCAAGACAUUCUGUGCAAAACCUGGCCAGCAGCCCGAGUGAGUAGGAGCCAUGUGACUCUGGUGAGUUGGAGUGUGCAAUUGCCUCCUGCUUCAGAGCUACCUGAUCCGAAUACUAAGCAGAACGAGUGCCGGGCUGAGUGUAAGACACCGAAGACACUGCAGAACAAGGUGCUUAUUCCGGAGGAAGCAUCACAGAACAUGGAGAUUAAGGAUCAGGGAGCCCAAAUGGAGCCGCUGCUGCCUACGAGAAAUGAUGAAGAAGCAGUUGUGGAUAGAGGUGGAACUCGUUCAAUUCUCAAAACACAUUUUGAGAAAGAAGAUUUAGAAGGUCAUCGAACACUCUUUAUUGGAGUUCAUGUGCCCCUGGGGGGGAGAAAAAGCCAUCGGCGUCACAGGCAUCGUGGUCAUAAACACAGAAAGAGAGACAGGGAAAGAGAUUCAGGACUGGAAGAUGGAAGGGAGUCACCUUCUUUUGAUACCCCAUCACAGAGGGUUCAGUUUAUUCUUGGAACUGAAGAUGAUGAUGAGGAACACAUUCCCCAUGACCUUUUCACAGAACUGGAUGAGAUUUGCUGGCGUGAAGGGGAGGAUGCAGAGUGGAGAGAAACAGCCAGGUGGUUGAAGUUUGAAGAAGAUGUGGAAGAUGGGGGAGAACGGUGGAGCAAGCCCUAUGUGGCUACACUUUCCUUGCACAGCUUGUUUGAGUUGAGAAGUUGUGUUCUGAAUGGAACUGUGCUGCUGGACAUGCAUGCCAACACUUUAGAAGAAAUUGCAGAUAUGGUCCUUGACCAGCAAGUGAGCUCAGGACAACUGAACGAGGAUAUACGCCACAGGGUCCAUGAGGCACUGAUGAAACAACAUCACCACCAGAAUCAGAAAAAACUUACCAAUAGGAUUCCCAUUGUUCGGUCUUUUGCUGAUAUUGGCAAGAAACAAUCAGAACCAAAUUCUAUGGAUAAAAAUGCAGGUCAGGUUGUUUCUCCGCAGUCUGCUCCAGCCUGUGUUGAAAAUAAAAAUGAUGUUAGCAGAGAAAACAGCACUGUUGACUUUAGCAAGGGACUGGGAGGCCAACAAAAGGGGCAUACUAGUCCAUGUGGGAUGAAACAAAGACAUGAAAAAGGACCUUCACACCAGCAAGAGAGAGAGGUUGAUCUGCAUUUUAUGAAAAAGAUUCCUCCAGGUGCUGAAGCUUCAAACAUCAUGGUUGGAGAAUUAGAGUUCUUGGACAGAACUGUGGUUGCCUUUGUUAGAUUGUCUCCGGCUGUCUUGCUCCAAGGUCUAGCUGAAGUCCCAAUCCCAAGCAGAUUUUUGUUCAUUCUUCUGGGACCUCUGGGAAAGGGUCAACAGUACCAUGAGAUUGGCAGAUCAAUUGCAACUCUAAUGACAGAUGAGGUAUUUCAUGAUGUUGCUUACAAAGCAAAAGAUCGUAAUGACUUGGUAUCAGGAAUUGAUGAAUUUCUGGAUCAGGUUACUGUUCUCCCUCCUGGAGAAUGGGACCCAAGUAUCCGAAUAGAACCUCCUAAAAAUGUUCCUUCCCAGGAGAAAAGAAAGAUUCCUGCUGUACCAAAUGGAACAGCAGCUCAUGGGGAAGCAGAACCACAUGGGGGACACAGUGGACCUGAGCUCCAGCGUACAGGAAGGAUUUUUGGGGGACUUAUUUUAGAUAUCAAAAGGAAAGCUCCAUUCUUCUGGAGUGACUUCAGAGAUGCUUUCAGCCUGCAGUGCUUAGCAUCUUUCCUGUUUCUCUACUGUGCAUGCAUGUCUCCUGUCAUCACAUUUGGAGGACUGCUGGGAGAAGCAACUGAAGGUCGUAUAAGUGCAAUUGAAUCCCUUUUUGGAGCAUCAAUGACUGGAAUAGCCUAUUCUCUUUUUGGUGGACAGCCUCUUACCAUAUUAGGUAGUACUGGACCCGUCUUGGUGUUUGAAAAGAUUUUGUUUAAAUUUUGCAAAGAAUAUGGGCUGUCAUACCUGUCUCUACGAGCUAGUAUUGGGCUUUGGACUGCAACUCUAUGUAUCAUACUUGUAGCCACUGAUGCAAGUUCCCUCGUCUGCUAUAUCACUCGGUUUACUGAGGAAGCUUUUGCUUCUCUUAUCUGCAUCAUUUUCAUUUAUGAGGCUCUUGAAAAAUUGUUUGAACUCGGUGAAGCAUAUCCAAUCAAUAUGCAUAAUGAUUUGGAACUGCUGACACAAUACUCAUGUAACUGUGUAGAGCCACAUGAUCUCAACAAUGAUACACUGAAAGAAUGGAGGGAGUCCAAUAUUUCUGUCUCUGACAUAAUUUGGGAGAAUCUAACAGUAUCAGAAUGCAGAUCCCUGCAUGGGGAGUAUGUUGGGCGAGCCUGUGGCCAUGGCCACCCCUAUGUCCCAGAUGUUCUCUUUUGGUCCGUGAUCCUGUUUUUUUCCACAGUUACCAUGUCAGCCACCUUGAAGCAGUUCAAGACUAGCCGGUAUUUUCCAACCAAGGUUCGGUCCAUAGUGAGUGAUUUUGCUGUCUUUCUUACAAUCCUGUGUAUGGUUUUAAUUGACUAUGCCAUUGGGAUCCCAUCACCAAAACUACAAGUACCAAGUGUUUUCAAGCCUACCAGAGAUGAUCGUGGCUGGUUUGUUACACCAUUAGGUCCAAAUCCCUGGUGGACAGUGCUAGCUGCUAUUAUCCCAGCUUUGCUUUGUACUAUUCUCAUUUUCAUGGACCAACAGAUUACAGCUGUCAUCAUCAACAGAAAAGAGCAUAAGCUAAAGAAAGGUUGUGGGUACCAUCUAGAUCUGUUAAUGGUGGCCAUUAUGCUUGGGGUGUGCUCCAUCAUGGGCCUGCCAUGGUUUGUGGCUGCCACAGUCCUCUCCAUCACUCAUGUCAACAGCCUGAAACUGGAAUCUGAAUGCUCAGCUCCAGGAGAACAACCCAAAUUUCUCGGCAUUAGGGAACAAAGGGUUACUGGGCUUAUGAUUUUUAUUCUUAUGGGUUCAUCAGUCUUUAUGACCAGCAUUCUGAAGUUUAUCCCCAUGCCAGUGUUAUAUGGAGUGUUUCUUUAUAUGGGUGCUUCAUCUCUAAAGGGAAUUCAGUUAUUUGAUAGAAUAAAGCUCUUCUGGAUGCCGGCAAAACAUCAACCAGAUUUUAUAUAUCUAAGGCACGUACCUCUCCGAAAAGUCCAUCUCUUCACGGUUAUUCAGAUGAGUUGCCUUGGCCUUUUGUGGAUAAUUAAAGUUUCAAGAGCUGCUAUCGUCUUUCCUAUGAUGGUCUUAGCCCUGGUAUUUGUAAGAAAAUUGAUGGACUUUCUAUUUACCAAGCGGGAACUCAGCUGGUUGGAUGAUUUGAUGCCGGAGAGUAAGAAAAAGAAACUAGAAGAUGCUGAAAAAGAAGAAGAACAAAGCAUGCUAGCUAUGGAAGAUGAGGGCACAGUACAACUCCCACUGGAAGGGCACUACAGAGAUGAUCCAUCUGUGAUCAAUAUUUCUGAUGAAAUGUCAAAGACUGCCUUGUGGAGGAAUCUGCUGAUUACUGCUGACAACUCAAAAGAAAAGGAGUCAAGCUUUCCUUCUAAAAGCUCCCCUUCCUAAUCAGUCUAGAAGCUGAUUCCCAAAAGUACUGAAAGCCGAAAAGAGAAGAAAGCUGACUCAGGGAAAGGUGUUGACAGGGAGACUUGUCUAUGACUUGAUCUUCAAUUUAUUUUUACAUAUAUAUGACAAGAGUGUCACAAUUAUUAAUAAAACAGCUUUGAACAUGUAUUGUAAAUUCUGUUUCUCAUCCAAAAUCUACCUUCAUACUGUAAGUAGUGUAAUUCAUGUUUCAUUUCUGUGUUUAACUUUCUCAGCAGUGAGAUACUUUGUGAGCAGAUACAAUAGCUAAUGCAAGAAUUCACAGUUACUGUUGUCUGUUAGAUAAUUGUAAACAUGGGAUUCUUGUCAUCAUAUUUAUGAGAGCAAUAGGUUUCUUCAAGAGAUAAGUCAUAUUUACCAUAUGUACCUACUUGGCAUUUUCCUACUAUGGUGACCUGAAGAUGCCUGGUAAUUUCAUUAAGAAGAAUUUUGAAAGGUAGUCUUACUUUUUAUUUUAUAGCUUAACAUUUGUGGUUUCUUUCAAAUGACCCAAAUCAAAAAGUUAGUUUGAAAGCAUUUUUAAUAAUUGUAUUUAUGCAUUUACUUGAUUUAAUAUGAUACAUUUAAUACUUGAGAAUUUAUAUAUUAUUGGAACUUAACAUCAUUUAAAAAUAGAGACCUAUUCAUACCUUGUUAUAAUGAAUCACAACACAAAGAGUCAAACAUUAUUUGCUUAAAAUUCAAGUUGUAACUUCAUGAUAUAAUACUAGCAUUGUAUGAAAUGCUCUAGAAAAAAACUUUGUGACAGUUUUGUGGGAUUUUCAAUUUAAAUCUUUAUCUGAAAUGUGCUGCUGAAUUUCUUUCCUGUUCAUUGAUAACAAUUGUUUUCCAGAUAUACCUAUAUACAUAGAUACUUGUGGAAUACCACAUAUUAAAUCAUUAUACAUGAAAUUCCACUUCUGUACAGUUACUCUGCUGCUAAUGGUCAUAUACUGCUUAGUACCAGUCCUGAAUCAUGUUCUCAUGUUAGAAGAACACAGGUUUCCAGUAGUCUUUUUUUUUUUUUUCAAAGCUCUUUUCCUUAUUUUACCUAAGUGCAUGUUGUGAAAAACCAACCUUUUAAAUAAAAAUUUCAAAAUCUUUGAGAAGGUUAUGUAGAUAUUCCAGCUCAUAUGAAAUAAUACAUUCAUAAGCUUAUUCAGAGGAAGGGAAGUUAAAGAUUUUUGUGCAUUGCUAGCACUAGAAUCAUUUCAUUUUAGAUGAAUGUGAAUUUUAAAUAAACUAAAUCUCAUAGUGUUCUUGGUACCUAAGAAUGAUCAGUGAUAAUCAAUCAACUUUGUAAACUUUCAAUGUCUAGUUUAUAAUAACUCAGAGCCCUGUGGCUUUUAUGAACUAUGAGUUAUCUACUCAAUGUAAAUGCACAUGGAAAAUCCCCUGUGUUCCUAAUGAAUGAAGGAGGCAAACCAACAAAGCCUCCAUUAACUGUAACAUUUUGAUAUCACUUAAGGAGCCAUUUUUAUGGAAUAAUAUAAGCCAAAAACAUUAUAUGAAGAAUUUGCAGUUAAUAAAGUUUUUUUAUUUCUAAGUGGCAAAGAAAAAAACAAAUUUUUUUCUGCUCCAGAUGUAUUGCCUUGUGUAUGUUAAUACUGAUCCUCCAUAUAAACAUUGUCACAGUUUCAUGAUUUAACAAGCCAGUCAGUCCCCAAAGCAGUUUCUUAGUAUUGUAACAUAUUAAUACCUGUUCUGUUAAAAAUGGUCACAGUGAAUCGAGAUCUUCACCUGAUCACUGAUUUGAAUAAGCAUUCAUUCAAUGAAAUUCUGUAUUUCUGAGUAUUUUUAUAGUAAUUUUGUUCUUUUGUGAAUUUUAAUGCUAUCCCUAUGUUAAUUUGAUAUUUUGAAAUCACAUAAAGUAUAAGAAAAUGUAGUAUUAUAUAUUUACUUAUAAUUUCAGA